CCAAGCCCCGCCUCCCAAGCCUAAGCUGCUGCGGUCUUGGAGGGGGGUCUCCGGUAGCUGCUGUUGAAGCAGGAAGAGACCGAGGAGGCAGGAGGUAUGGUCGGGAGGGAGAAGGGGCUCCGGAUCCACUUCGAGCCCGGGCGCUGCUGGCUCGAGGAGGAUGAUGUUGAUAUCCCCAACAGACGUGUUCUGGUUACUGGUGCCACAGGGCUCCUUGGUAGAGCUGUGCAUAAGGAAUUCAAAGCAAAUAAUUGGAACACUGUCGGUUGUGGGUACAGUAGGGCUCGCCCCAUGUUUGAGCAAGUUAAUCUUCUGGAUGCUGCUGCUGUUCAUAAACUAAUCCAGGAUUUUCAGCCUCAUGUGAUAAUACAUUGUGCAGCUGAGAGAAGGCCAGAUGUUGUAGACAGUCAGCCAGAUCUUGCUUCUCAGCUCAAUGUGGUUGCUUCAGGAAACAUAGCAAAAGAAGCAGCACAAGUAGGAGCAUUUCUGGUCUACAUAAGUACAGACUAUGUAUUUGAUGGAACAGAUCCUCCCUAUAAGGAGAAUGAUGUACCUAAUCCUUUAAAUCUGUAUGGUCAAACUAAAUUAGAUGGUGAAAAGGCGGUUCUACGGAACAGUAAAGAUGCUGCUGUGCUUAGAAUUCCUAUUUUGUAUGGAGAGGUUGAACGUUUGGAUGAGAGUGCUGUGACAGUUAUGUUUGAUAAAGUGCAAUUCAACAAUAAAUCAGCCAAUAUGGACCACUGGCAGCAAAGGUUUCCUACGUACGUCAAGGAUGUAGCCAGUAUUUGCCGACAGCUAGCAGAGAAGAGAAUGCUGGAUCCCUCCAUAAAAGGAACAUUCCAUUGGUCUGGUAAUGAGCAGAUGACUAAGUUUGAAAUGGCUCGUGCUAUGGCUGAUGCAUUCAACCUUCCUAGUAGCCACUUGAGACCAAUUACAGAUAGCCCAGUAGUGGGUGCACUUCGUCCCAAGAAUGCUCAUCUUGACUGUUCCAGACUGCGCAUGUUGGGCAUUGAACAACAAACUCCUUUUCGGGUUGGGAUUAAGGAAUCACUUUGGCCUUUUUUGACCGACAAGAGAUGGAGACAGACUGUUUUCCACUAGUUUGUAAAUAUUUUAGUGUAAGUAUGGUAUGAGGCACUUUUUUAAAAUGCAGGGGGAAAGGCUAGUUUUGUAUUAAGUGUUGUAUGUUUCAGAUUUAAUUCAAAUCAGGUAAAAUCAUGGUCUUGCACUAGUGAAAUUAUAGCAAAGAAUUUUGUUUGAUAUUUCUUUCUGUUUUGCCAGUUGGCUUACAUAAAUAUCUAGUGAUGUGAUUCUUACAGCCAUCAGUAACCAUUGAUAAGAAGAUUUGCUUUCUCACUUUUGAAAAGUACAGCUGUGUGUUUUUGUGUGUGUUUGCAUUUGCUAUGCAGAAUUUCCCUUAACAUUCAUUUCCUUAAUUGCCAAAAAAAAAAAAAGAUUAAAAAAUUAAAGCAUAGGACUUUCAUAUUUAAUUUUGGAAGCUAUUUUCUUGUGGUUGAAAUUGAAGUGGGAAGCAUUGGAGAUUGCUUUAGCUAUGAUAAAAUAUACUAAAGUAACACUUUAUUUUUGCAACUAAUAUAUAGUUUUGAUGCUUAUAAAAUUUCACCAUAUUUUGCAUUUUAAACCUCAUGGUUUAUUUAUCUUUACCAUAGAUGCAUGAUUCUGUGUACACAGUAAUUUGCUUAUCUCGACUCUCUCUUUGGUCAGUUGGAAAUAUGAAACAUGGAUGUUCUCCUUGCCUUUUGCUGGCUAAUGUUUUAUCUGAGCAAUUUGAAUCCCAUUAAAUGCAGAAAUUUACCAAAUCUCUUUGUUAAAUGAGUAAUAAUGAGUUAAAUGAGUUAAUAAGUAACAUCUAAAAUCUCAUAGUUUAGUUCAAGCAACAGAGCUAUAACAAUACAAGUAUUCCUCCAAAGCAUACACACAGGUGGAUUAGCUACUUCAGAUACCUGUAUUUACCCUAUUUACAAGAACAAAAAUAUACGCUUGGAUUGAAGACAUUUAACCCUGGAUACUUACCUCCAGUUUACUGUUGUGUAAAUUUUGUGUUUUCACUUCUGUAUUGGAAGUGCUGGAGUGUAUGCUAUACAAGCUUUCUGCUAACAACAGACAAAACAAAAACCGCAAGGCAGCUUCUGGUGAUGCAUUUUCAGUCUUCUUUCCCUCCUGCAACUUUCUAUCAACUGACCUUUCAAGAUAAAACAUUCACAGAUUGACAGCAGAUAACUUUCUGACAUUUCCCACUUUUGUCUUUUGGAGGCCACUUUUGGUGUCAGUUACUUCGUAUAUUCUAACUUUAUCUUAGUUUGAGGUCUUGACGCACACUUUAUAAGUUAAAAAUACAAUAUGACAUUAAAGAUGUAUUGCUGGUACAA